UUUGCGUGUUGGAAGAGGCUGUGAAAUUAUGAAUUCUUCGAAAAGGAGUGAAAGUGACUGGCAAGGCCUGGUGAGCGAGUUCCUGGUGUGUAAGCGUAAGCUGGACAGCAAGAAGGAGGCCCUCCUGAUCCUGUCCAAAGAGCUGGACACCUGUCAACAGGAGAGAGACCAGUACAAGCUGAUGGCCAACCAGCUGCGAGAACACCACCAAGGACUCAAGAAGAAGUACAGGGAGCUCAUUGAUGGAGAUCCUUCUUUACCACCUGAAAAACGCAACCAGGUGAACUUGGCUCAGCUGUUGAGAAACGCAAGGGAGCGAGGGAAACAGCUAGUCGAGGAGGUGAAGGAGCUGAAUCAGAGACUGGCAGAGGCCCAGGGGGAUAACAAGCUGCUGAGGAUGACAAUCACUAGACAGAGGCUGGGGGAUGAGGAGGUGGGGGCACGCCACUUCCCCGCCCAUGAGAGAGAAGACCUGGUCCACCAACUGGAGAAGGCAGGGCUACAGAUGGAGGAGCUGGAGAACAGUGUUAAGGCACUGACUGAUGAGCUGGAGGAUGUUAAGGCAGAGCGUGGCGUGUUCAGUGAGAAGGCUGAGCGCCUCAACCUGGAGCUCAACCAUAUCCUGGGUGGCCACGAGACCCGGAUCAUCGACGUGGAUGCCCUCUGUAUGGAGAACAGGUAUUUACAUGAGAGGUUCAACCAAGUCCAAGAGGAGGUGAACUUGCUGAAGUCUAACAUCAUGAAAUACAAGACUGCGUUGGAGAGGAGGAAGAGCUCUAAAUUGUCUGGGAAGUCCAACAGCAGUGCUCUAACAGGAGUCCUCUCUGCCAAACAAGUGCAGGAGUUGUUGUCUGAGGAGCAGGGCUGCAGUCUCCCGGCCACGCCCCAGUCCAUCUCUGACCUAAAGUCCCUGGCCACAGCCCUGCUGGAGACCAUCCAUGAGAAGAACCUGGUCAUUCAGCACCAGAGACACACCAACCGGAUUCUGGGGAAUAGAGUUGCUGAGCUGGAGAGGAAGUUGAAGACAUUAGAGGUGUCCGGCUUGUGGAGUCUUCCAGGGGGACGAGACAACAUUAUGCUGAGCGAGAGCCAGCGACCCGAGCUCCUAUCGCCCAGCAUCAUGCCGUGCCCACCUCAGCCACACACGCACGCAGCAACGCAGCCACCUAAAGACGACAGAAUGGGAGCAUCGUCGUGGGAACGGGCCACAGCUGGCGGUGACUUUGGCACAGAUGGCGUCGGCGGGGAGGGCGCACCCGAGCCCAGUGACGGGGCGGAGGCUAACUGCAUCUGCCUGAGUGACAGGCGGGGAGUGGAGAUUGUGACGCUGUCGGAGGAGCAGGCUGCCGCGGAGCUGGAAGAGGGGCAGAGUCCCGUGGAGGAGGAGGGGCAUGAGGUGAAAGUGGACGAGGAGCUGGGCUCCACAGUGGAGGAGGGAGAGGAGGCGGCCCUGGCGCUCGAUGCCCCACCCUUAGAGGCGGAGUCAGACUUGGGUGAACUCCCACAGCUGCCUGUAAGGCAAGCUACCAUAGAUGACACCCUUGAGGCGGGUCAUUCGACCUGCCAUGAUCAAGCACAGGACUCCCUGACACAGAAGAUGCCUCUAAGCCAGCUUCCAUAUUCAAGACCCCAGACUGGGGUGGCACAGAUGGGUGGGACCUGCACUGUCAAUCAGGACAGAGUGACAGUUGCCAUAGCGACAAUCAUUGAAAAGUGAUGUUUGUCUUGGUUGCAUUACUACUCACUAGCAAAAUUUCCACAAUGUAGACCAACACCCCUUUUGUGCUCCCAGCCAUUCUUUGCGUGAGUCUAUAGAAUGGAUAGAGAGAACACUUUCUCAGCCUCCCAUUGACAGUCAGUGCCUGAAGUGUACUUUGCAUCUAGAUAGUGUUGUUGCUCUGAAAAGAGCAGACAAUCUUGAAAUCAAUCCACUUGCAAGUCUAAUGUCCUACAGGAGUAAUUUAGCAAAGAAAAUAGCAAAGAUAGCAAAGUCCCCCUGCAAACUGCCUCCAUGGUAGGAUAAUCCCAGCUGUUUGCUUCCUGUUUAUUCCUAAGGGUUGCUAGUUAAAUGAGAGCUGUUUUAUUUUUUUCCGUUGCCCACAUACAGGAGCCACUGUGAGUUAGUGUGAUGAAUGUAUUAGAUUUGCAUGGAAAUCUGUGAAGAACAUUGUUCGAGAGUUUGUAAUGUAUUUGUAUUAUUGUAGCUUUAUGUAUAUAGAUUAUAGUUACAGUCACUAAUCAAUUAUGGAGCCAUUUUCUUAUUCUGUUUCUAAUGGAAAAGUAGAUGAUAGCUUGUGACUGCAUGUGCCUUAUA